AUGACCCUGAGAAGAAUCCAUCUGCUGAAUCACACAAUCAAAUUCUUCCAUUCUAAAAGUUACACACCAUGCCAAAAAUUUCUUUGCUCUUACACCAACUCACCAGACAGCAAAGAAGCAAUUUCUGAUGCAGAAAAGUUGAUUGAAUUUUUUAAAAAGGCUGAGAAAUCUGUGGUUGAAAAUAAAUCUCUCCCAAGCAACAAUGAAGUUCGCGUUACCAAACAAGAUGAAAGUGUGGAGACUGAUACCACUGGAACGUCACAACUCAACUCCACCGGUCAAUCAAAUUCUGAUACAGCGGAGGAACAAGGAAGAAAGAAAGCUAGUUCACUUUCAUUCGUUCCAUGGACAAUGAGUACACUAUUGAAAGAAAUGAAUAUUUCAAAAUUAAUUUCUGAACGUUCUAAGAGUUCAGAAAAGUCGUUUGAUACCCUGUUACGUUAUAGUCCCUUUAUUCAACUUGGAGAUUUUAAGUCUCGUGAGCUAGUCGGUGUUGUAAUAGACAAUGUAAACGAUACAGAUCUUUACAUAGAUUUCGGUGGAAAGUUUCACUGUGUCUGUCCUCAACCAGAUAAUCAGUUUUAUCCUCGUGGGAGUUUAGUACGGAUUCGGUUAAAAAAUCCAGAGCUAACGGAUAAAUUCAUGAUCAAUACGAAGGGGAUUUCAAUUUUUGAGGCAGAAGCUACACUUUUAGGACCAUACAAAGGUCGACUGGUUAAGAGUGUGGCUGAGGAAGAAAGAACAAUAUCAGCAACACUUGCAGAUGGUACAAAAAGACAGCGUUCUAGUACAGAUGAAGAUUGUGUUGCAUUAGAACACUGGCGUUUAAAAUGA